AUGGAGAAUAUAGAACGUCUCCGAAAGGAAAUUGCAGUCCGCGAAUCAGAACUAGCCGACAUCAGGGCGAGUCUAGCCACCGCAGAAGCUCAGCAAAGACAAGCCAGUCCCAAACUGAAUUGGAAAUGGCCUCUUGAAGAACACGAGUACCAGCGUUACGGGAGGCAGAUGAUUGUCCCGAACUUCGGACUGGAUGGCCAACUGAGACUCAAGCACGCAAAAGUCUUGCUCGUCGGCUCGGGAGGGCUCGGUUGUCCUGCGGCCGCAUACCUUGCCGGCUCAGGUGUCGGUGUUCUAGGGCUCGUGGACGGAGACGAGGUCGAAGUAUCCAACUUGCAUCGACAGAUUGCCCAUUCGACUGCUCGCGUGGGCAUGGCCAAGGUUGAGAGUGCAAUCACCUUUCUUCGCGAAUUAAACCCAACCGUCUCUUACAAGGCACACGUUGCCCAUCUCACGCCGCAAAAUGCAGAGGACAUUGUUUCGCAGUAUGAUGUGGUGCUUGACUGCACCGAUCACCCGACGUCUCGCUACCUCAUAUCUGACAUUUGCGUCCUCCUGAAGAAACCGCUCGUGUCCGCAUCUGCAUUCCAGACUUCGGGACAGCUCAUUGUGCUGAAUAGUCCGGCUGGCAAGGGACCCUGUUACCGCUGCGUGUUCCCCAAACCGCCCCCCCCGGAGAGUGUAGUCGGCUGCGGCGAAGGCGGCAUCGUCGGCCCCGUCGUCGGCGUUAUGGGCGUCUUGCAAGCGCUGGAAGCUAUCAAGCUUAUUUCCAGAGGCGGCCUGGAAGCGUAUGACUCUGCCGUGCCAGAGAUUCAACAGACGAUGAUGCUCUUCAGUGGCAUGGCGGAUAGUUCACCCUUCAGAUCGGUCCGUAUGAGAGGCAGACGAAAAGAAUGCUUUGCAUGUGGCGAAAACGCACAGCUGACGCUGGAUUACCUGAGAUCGUCCAUGGAUUAUGUGCAGUUUUGUGGUGUGACGAGGCCGGUGCAGUUGCUGCGGGAGGAGGACCGCAUCACGGCCGAGGAGUAUCAGGGUCUUGCUCGGAGCGGCGCGGAUCAUGUGCUGGUCGAUGUGAGGGGGAAGGAGCAUUACAGCCUAUCGCACAUUCCUGGAUCUAUCAACGUUCCCAUAAGUCGGUUCAUGAGUCAUCGUGCUGGCGAGACACUGCCUGAGGGCAUUCCCGCGGAUUUGCCUGCCGAUGUGCCGAUAUAUAUUGUGUGUCGGGUCGGCAACGAUUCACAAAUUGCGGCAGCCAAAUUAAAGGAGUUGGGUUUAGAUCGCAAUGGGCAACGUUUCGUUGGAGACAUCUCGGGCGGGCUGCGGUCAUGGAAAGAUGCUGUUGAUGAUUCACUACCGUUUCUUUGA